AAUGUCUGUAAGAAAAAUAUGUGAUAUUUAUAUCGAUAGUGGACGCCGUUAAUGAAUACCUAAUUCUGGACGCAGAAUGUGAUGAAAUGACAAAGUAUCCCAAAAAAUAACAGUCCAUUAUUUAUUUAAGCACCGGAGAAUAUUCAUAAUUGUUUAUCGCUGUUUGAACGUAAUCAAUUUAAGGGAAAUAGUAUUAGUUAGAUUCUUUUCACAGUGAUUUAGUAUUUUUAUUGUCAAUGAGUGAAACAAGGUACGCUUUUAAGUUAUACCUUUGGAGACAAUGUUCCUCAAGCACUUCCUCGGUCUGCGAAUCCUGACGAGGAAGAAAACUCAGAGAAAUUUUAUCUGGAGUCGGGCCUAUCACAAACUGCUCGACGAUGAUGUCUCUGGAGUAUCGUUGGCUUACAUAAAAAAUACGUUGAAUUCGAUGAACAUCAGCUUUUUAGAUGGCCAUGCUUGCAUUAUUACAAGUUGUCCUCUAUGCAAAUCAGAAAAAUCUAAAGAACCUAAGGUUUUUGUAAAUAAAACCACUGGUUUCUUCAUGUGUGAGAAGUGCAGGUAUACUGGCUCGUGGAGCACUCUGGAGAAAUUCUUUUCACCAGGCACCUCUGCAAAGAAAUUGCAAGAAUUAUCGCUGCUGAAAAAUUCUUUAACAGCAGAGAACAAUUUAAAAAAUGAAUGGAAUAAAAUUAAAGAAAGUUGUCAGAACAUAACAGAAAUGUCAGUGGAUGAUUAUAAUAAUCUUCUGAAAUCUCUAUCACUACCAGAAAUGAACAGUGAAUCUAUGAUACAAAUGGAUUGCGCAUACAAUGCACUGUCAAAUAGUCUCCACUUUCCCUUGGUGGGAUUAGGGAAUUGUAUAGUGGGUUACAAGACUUUAUCGGCACAUCUAGAAGUCGAAACUGCAGUGCCAGCUUCUAACACAAGUGGACUUGUCUGGUAUAAGUCAAGAAAUGUUAAAUCAGAUAGUACUGCUAUUAUUGUACCGACUUUGCGAGACCUCCUCGCUCUGGUUUCCAAAAAAGCAGCCACUGUUAUCAUUUGUCUACCUUAUGGAUUACAAUUCAUGCCACAACAAAUUCUACCAAAUUUAGAAAAUUACAAAAAAUUAAUCCUAUGGUUCGGUAACAACACGCAGAGCUGGGAUGCUGCAAGACACUUUGCAAAAAAAUUAAACGAGAUCAGAUGUUACUUUGUUAGGCCAAUGGACAACCAACCGAGUCCAAGAAUUGCAGCUAAUUUGGAUUAUAAUCUGAAAAUUAUAAUUCAAAAUGCUCAGCCAAUAUGGCACAAGAGUAUUACUACGUUCCAAAGUCUUCGGCAAGACGUCCUAAGUGAUCUCCAAAACAUUGACCGUGUGAUGGGCAUUAAAUGGAAAAGAUUUCCAUCUUUGAAUCGAGUUCUUAAAGGACAUCGCCGAGGAGAACUAACUAUAUUGACGGGCCCUACCGGAAGUGGCAAAACAACAUUUAUUAGCGAGUAUUCAUUAGAUUUAGCAUUACAAGGUGUAAAUACUCUGUGGGGUAGUUUCGAGAUACGCAACGCAAGGUUGGCAAGAACGAUGCUGCAGCAGAUGGUAGGUGUAUCGUUGGAAGAGAACAUUGAAAACUUUGAGAAGUACGCUGACGAGUUCGAGAAGCUCCCAAUUUAUUUCAUGACAUUUCAUGGUCAGCAAAGCAUUAAAGUAGUUAUGGAGGCUAUUGAACAUGCAACGUAUGUUUACGACAUAGCACAUGUUAUUAUCGAUAAUGUUCAGUUCAUGAUGGGCGUAUCUCAGGAGUCAAAACACAAUGACAGAUUUUGGAAACAGGAUGCCAUCAUAUCGUCCUUCCGAGCGUUUGCUACAAAAUUCAAUUGCCACGUAACGCUAGUGAUCCAUCCAAGGAAGGAACGAGAUUCAGAAGAACUGACGACAUCGUCGAUCUUUGGGAGUGCCAAGGCUAGUCAAGAAGCUGACAACGUACUUAUAAUUCAAGAUAAAAGACUGACAAGUGUCCGGGGGAAACAAUACUUACAAAUCGCAAAAAACAGAUACAGCGGAGACUUGGGUUUAAUGCCGAUGGAGUUUGAUAAAGUUAGUUUAAGCUAUGCCCAAAAAAAGAAAUCCAAAUUGAAAGAAGAGGGGAAAGAAAAUGAAACUACGCAAUCUGUUCCUAGGCAAGACACUCGAAUUCUAUCUACCAAGAGGCGCUCCACUGACUCCUCCUCCUGACAUAGAACUCAUAGGAAUUUUCUACUGUUUACAAAAAAGUAAUAAAACUAUUAAUUAUUUUGCACAA